AUGUCUGUCUCCAUCACCACCGACACUCCUAUCGCCCCGGCUGCCAAACAGGCCGACCUCUGCCUGGGCUCCAAGUCCCGUAUGCCUGAAUUCAGCCUGGCUGGCAAGGUCGUCCUUGUGUCUGGUGCGGCGCGAGGACUUGGUCUGACGCAAGCCGAAGCCCUCCUGGAAGCCGGCGCAAAGGUGUACGGACUGGACCGUCUCGAAGAACCCUCCCCCGAGUUCUUCGAGAUCCAGAAACGCGCCAAGGAAGAACUGGGCACGGAGCUACACUACCGUCGCAUCGACGUGCGUGACACCGAACUGCUGGACCGGACGGUGGAGGAGAUCGCCAAUAUCGAGGGCCGGAUGGACGGGCUGGUUGCCGCGGCAGGCAUCCAACAGGAGACCCCAGCCCUGGAGUACUCGGCCAAGGACGCAAACACCAUGUUUGAGGUCAAUGUGACGGGCGUGUUCAUGACUUCCAAGGCGGUGGCCAAGCAGAUGAUUCGGUUUGGGAACGGAGGCAGCAUUGCGCUAAUUGCCAGUAUGAGUGGUACUGUUGCGAAUCGGGGUCUGAUCUGUCCCGCUUACAACGCCAGCAAGGCCGCCGUUAUCCAACUAGGCCGCAAUCUCGCCAUGGAGUGGGGUCAGUAUGGCAUCCGCGUCAACACCAUCUCCCCCGGCUACAUCGUCACGGCCAUGGUCGAACAGCUCUUUGUUCAGUUCCCCGAGCGUCGCGACGAAUGGCCCAAGCAGAACAUGCUGGGCCGUCUGUCCACCCCGAACGAGUACCGUGGUGCCGCUGUGUUUCUGCUGAGCGACGCUAGCAGCUUCAUGACCGGCAGCGAUCUGCGCAUGGACGGGGGUCACUCUGCCUGGUAG